AUGAAAUUAAGUUUAAUACUACAGAAUUUUCAUCCUAGGCUGGCUUUUUUUUGUUGUGUUGAAAAAAUUAAAUUCUUUUCGCAUCCUAAAUGUUUGGGUGAUUUCGCCGAUUCUUUUCCAGUUGCCAGCACCUUCCUCACUCCCCAUUUCUCUUUUCUCUCUUUAUUCUUUCUUUCCCUCUUUCUUUUCUCUUUCCUCUCUCUUUUUGCUCUUUCUCUCUCUUUUCUCUUUCUCUCUUUUCUCUUUGAUCUUUCUCUUUUUUCAUUUUCUUUCUGUCUUUCUCUCUCUCUUCUCUUUCUCUCUCUCUCUCUCUCUCUCUCUCUCGCUUUUCUCUCUCUUUCCUCUUUCUCUCUUUUCUUUUUUGUUCUUUCUCCUUUCUCUUUCUCUCUUUUCACUUUCUUUCCUUCUCUCUUUUCUCUUUCUCUCUCUCUUUUCUCUUUCUUACCUUAUUUCUUUCUUUCUUUCUUUCUCUCUUUUCUCUUUCUAUCUCUCUUUUCUUUUUCUCUCUCUCUCUUUCUCUCAUAG